UGCAACAUCCCAUUGUCGAAGACUCCAGUAUGACGCAGCAGGGCACCUGUGCUAUGCAACAACGGCUUCCGGCUCUGGAACCCUUCAGCUGGGCUUGUAGAAACCAGGGUAGGAGGCUUAUAUUUGGCACCCUUUACCCUGCAUAUUAUUCUUACAAGGCUGUGAAGUCGAAGGACAUUAAAGAAUACGUCAAAUGGAUGAUGUACUGGAUUAUAUUUGCACUUUUCACCACAGCGGAGACAUUCACAGACAUCUUCCUUUGCUGGUUUCCAUUCUAUUAUGAACUAAAAAUAGCUUUUGUAGCCUGGCUGCUAUCUCCCUACACAAAAGGCUCCAGCCUCCUGUACAGGAAGUUUGUACACCCCACGCUGUCUUCAAAAGAAAAGGAAAUUGAUGAUUGCCUGGUCCAAGCGAAAGACCGGAGUUAUGAUGCCCUUGUGCACUUCGGGAAGCGGGGCUUGAACGUGGCAGCUACAGCGGCUGUGAUGGCUGCUUCCAAGGGACAGGGUGCCUUAUCAGAGAGACUCCGGAGCUUCAGCAUGCAAGACCUCACCACCAUCAGAGGAGACAGUGCCCCAGCUCCUACGGGGCCCCCUCCGCCCGGCACUGGGCGGGCCAGUGGCAAACAUGGCCAGCCCAAGAUGUCCAGGAGUGCUUCUGAGAGUGCUGGCAGCUCAGUGUGCACCUGCUGCUCCACCUGCCGGACCCGGAAAGUGGUUGAGGGAGAUGUGAAUGAGGGUAGUGUGAAGGCCUGGGAGCCCCAUCAGGUCCAAAACCCAUUGGCAUUUUCUGACGAGGAGGAGGAAGACCUGCUGGAUUUCAUGUACAAGUAUAAGACACCAAGAAGGACGGAGUUGUCCCUGGAGGCACCGCCUAGAAUCCUUCGAUCUCACUUCAGGAAGAAAAGUACCUCAUCCUCAGCCACUGUAACCACAUGAGUGAGAUGAGCCAACAGCACCGGAUCCACAGAAUGUUUCUCCUCUGCCUUAAAGAGCUAGUCACUAAUAACAAAUCCACGGGCUGGGUGUGCUUUGAGUGUGUAGCCUCACUGACAUGGCCUUUUCUCGCUCCCCUCUUCCACCUUUAAAAAUUUAUGUUCUCCUCCCUUCUCUUUAUUUUGCUAAGGAGAGGCUAAAGGGAAAGGUGGGGGGGGUGACCUUUGAGUCUUCUGAGGUUAGUAACGUUCCCCAAUUGGAUCGUUAUUACAGACAGCAGUGUUUUUAGAAAUAGAAAUCACCUCUUUGCUGCUGACAUGUACAUUUGUAAUUUAUCUGUCGCAUAGUUUUUAGUCCUGUAAAUGCAAACAAAGCAAUUUUUUAAAAAACACUUUUUGUUUUUGGUACUAAUACUUUGGACUAUGAUGUACAUACUUAUGGUUUUUGGCUUAAUGAACUUGCAAGGGCCUCCAAAGGUUCUAAGUGAGAAAACUGCAAAAAACAGAAAUAUAUAAAAAAAACUUUUUUGAUUCUAGACAGUGUCUCCAGUGUGUUUAUAAAGCUUCCAAAUCCAGCUCCUAUAAAGCAUCCCCUUUCCUGCAGGAAGAUUGUGUAUUUUUCUAAUGGUUGUGUAGUCAAUAGACCAGAGACAUCAGGAGUAGAGAGAUGUUUAGCAUCAGGGAUGAGUAUUAGUGGGAGAUUGGAAAGUCACUGGAAGCUCAUCUUCUCCUUGCAUUCAGGGUUUGGAGCCUUUGAGCCUUGCCAGGGGCUUUAACCCUGUCUCGGGCAGGUGGCUCAUUCUUGGCAAAACUUCUUGGGGAUGGGGACUCAGAGUUGCUAGUGAAUCUUGAACAUUUCAUCUUGCCACAUGACUCUUUCUCCUUCAGAGUGGCCCAUGCAGCAGCUAAUUUCCUCAGGUAGAGAAGCCUAAAGAACAUUAAGCAAAAAGAAACAACACCCCCACAAAAAGCUAGAACUAUGCUUUGUUUCAGGUAUGUUCUGAAAUACGUGAGACACAUGUACAACAACCCAAACGUUGGGUUCUGGAAGGUUUUAGAGGUUGAGAUCUUUAUAGAUAACUCACUGCUCAGCUCCAUGGGCAACUGGCUCACACCUGCUCCCUUCCUGGCUUGUGUGGAGUGUGAACAGGAAAGGACUCACGCUCAAGGGUACUCGGGUCUUCAGAUGUUUUCUAUCGCCAGAAUUGCUUAAUAGGGGAAGGAAGUAUUGAGGGGACUUCUUGUUAAGAUUGAGGAUUUUAUCUAAGAACAAGAAUCUGAUUUAGAUGGAUUUGUAAUCUGAGGUAGCUGCCCUCCUCUCUGAGAGCUGAGCCAAAAUGUAGGACUAGUAUAUUUGUGCUUAGAGUUGGUGUUUUCUUUCAGUGUACUGCAUGCAGUGGUCACAAACCAGGUACUUAGUUUGUUCAUAGAUUACCCGGAAGACUAGAGAAGUAGUAUUAUAUACUGCAUAGAACUCACUGUCCACCCACUAGAAGCAGUCAGGCCCAAUUAAAACUGUCCCAUUACUGAGCUAUGUAAACAUGCACUGGUGGCCUUUGCUGAUGACACAUUAGCUGGAUUGGAGUCAUCUUACAAAGGGUUUUAGCUGACAUUGAUUGUUGCCAGAUAUACAUGAAAUCCCUUCUUCCCAUACUUCUUCCAAAGGUGACUUUAUAAUUUAAAAAAGGAUUUAAGAAAAUAGAUCUAAAAUCAAAUUCAUGGUUGAGAGGGCAAACAGAGGCUGUCUAUUCACUGUCUGUGCCCCACACCCAUUCAUAUCUAAACCUGUUAAGAGAAGACAGAAAUCCUAUUCUGUUCAAGCUCACUGAAUAGUUACAGAAAAGGAAAAAUGUACUCCUUAAAAUAUAUUUUAUCUAUUAGUUGGGCAUACCUAGAACUAUCAGAAACAAGUGCAAAAAAGCUUAAGAGAAGCAGCUUUUUAGUAAACUUUUGUUUUGCCAAAAUAAUAAAUGCCUUUAGCAGCAGAGUUCAAAAUCUGUAUUUUCACUAUUUUACAAUGCAAAGUUAUAACAAAUCCAGGCUAUGGAGUUUGCAAUCAACUAUGCCAAAAAAGCCAGUUUGAAGUACUCUACUCCCAGACAUGCUGUAUUACUUAAGAUUUAAAAAUAUAAGGUAUAUUCAAACUGCUGUCUUAAUGUAACUUUUUCAUUCAUGUGUUGACUAGGGGUGGUUUUUCUCUUGAAGACACUGUAUAACUGAGAGCAGCUGUCAUAUUUCUGGCAAAAUGUGUUUACUUAUCCAACAAGCUGUAUAUUUGUGUAUGGACAGACAUAAAAUGUGAAUGCCUAUCAGUGUACACAUAGUGGUGUGGUUUUCUGUCUAGAGGAUAUAACUGAAUUUUUUUAAUUUGCUCACUUACAGACACAGGCUGUUUACAAAAUGCUAGCUCAAAAGUCUGUAAUUUCCAUGUCAAAAUUUUUAGUUACUUGUCAUCCAGCACCUGUUCUGUUUCUGAGGAGAUGAGGUGUGGUCUUGUGCUUAUCAACUGGAACAAUUCCUCAUGAUCCUUCCUGACUCUGUGUGAAGAGUGUGCUCACUUCACUGGCCUUUGACAUGUGUGUCCUCUGUGGUAACCGUACAUGUGUUUGUGCUAAGAGUGCUUGUCAACCACGGCCAUCGUUGAGCUUUCCUAGUUCUUCACCUCACACAGUAUUUGAAAUGGCAAAGGAUGGGCCUCCUCCUCCUCCUCUAACACUCAAGGAGCUGAUGUUCUUGAUCGUGACUGUGCACAUUUCCUCUAGUUUAUUUCUGAAGUCUAUAGAAUGAUGUGUAAUUAAAUAGUAUACUGGACUGUGUAUCAAAGGGAUGUAAAAUUACAGUAUUUCAAAGGCUGAAGUUCUGUUGUUUUGUUAUAAUGCCUGACAUACAUCCUGAAUAAAGUCUUAACAUUUUUCUUUU